CUUAAAAGGCGAAUCUCCCGUAUGCGACAAGGGGGAGGUUCGAUUGAAGCUUACUACAAUGAUCUCCAAGGCUUAUGGCGAGAAAUCGAUUUUCGCCGUCCAAAUGAGAUGAAGUGCGAGUUGGAUAUCAAAAAAUACUAUGAUAUCAUCCAAGAAGAUCGAGUUUAUAUUUUCUUGGAUGGUUUGGAUGAUCGACUAGACAAAGCCCGAAGUGAUGUGCUCCAAAUGAGUCCAUUUCCUACAGUAGAGCAAGCUUAUGCUCAUGUUCGACGAGAAGAUAUCCGACAAACUGUGAUGUUAGGAGCUCCAACACCAACCGGAGUAGGAUUGGUAACAAAAGGAACAUAUCGACCCUCUCGCCCAAUUCCAACUGCUCAUCUCCAGCUACAGACAGCUGCCAAUAAGACUACUCCACCUUCUCGAUCCAAGGCUCCCACAGAUGGGAAUGGUUGCACUCACUGCGGGAAUCCAAAGCACACUCGAGAAACUUGUUUUAAACUACAUGGUUAUCCAGAUUGGUGGGAUGGUCUCAAGGCUCGUAAACUUGCUGCUGGAGGAACGGGUCGUGCUGCCCUUGUCACCUCGGAUCCUCUGGUAACGUUAAUUCCUCAUGAAGAGUCUACCUCAACAUCAGAAAAGGACUCUUCAUCUUUCAGUAACUCAGGAUAUUCUCACCAAGGAGAUCAUUGGUCGUGGUACUAAGAGAGGGGGGUUGUACUAUGUGGAUGAUUUCAGUAUGGGAAGGGCACAUAGUGUGAAGCACUCAUCGACUUGGAAGGAUCGACAACUUUGGUUAUGGCACCGGCGUUUGGGGCAUCCGUCUUUUGGCUAUAUGAGACAUCUAUUUCCAGAUUUGUUUUCGAAUUCCUGUACCACUGAUUUCCAAUGUGAUACUUGUAUCUUAGCCAAGAGUCACAGAGUCUCUUAUCCAUCAAGUACAAAUAAAAGUGUUGCUCCAUUUGCUUUGAUACAUUCUGAUGUUUGGGGUCCUUCACCUAUCUCUACAACUUCUGGCUUCCGGUGGUUUAUCACCUUUGUAGAUGAUUGUACCCGCAUGACUUGGCUC